CCACCCACCAUCUAAAGUUCUAACCUUUGCAAAAAGCUUUCACGAAUAAUCAAAGCGACACCAAAAAAAUGGCUUCUCUCUCCGUUUCAAUGGUUCUGCCACUCAGCUCCGCCACCAAGAACAGGUCAAAGUCAAACCCUCCUCCCUCCGAAGCCUUCUUGAAGAGGAGUGCGGCGAAGAAAUGGUCAGAGGCAGAACCGAAAAAGCUCACCAUGGAAGCGUCUUUGAAGGAAAAAGCAGUGAAGGGACUGAGUGCUGCUGCAGUAACAUCGGGCAUGGUGAUUCCUGAAGUGGCUCAUGCAGCGGGAUAUGACUUCUCUCCUUCGCUGCAAAACUUUCUGCUAAGUAUUGCUGCCGGUGGGGUUGUGCUCGUUGCGAUAUUUGGUGCUGUUAUCGGAGUCGCAAACUUUGAUCCGGUGAAGAGAACUUGAGACUGUGUUGUAUGGGAACUUUACAUUUUCUUUUGCUCAUUCAUUUCUGUGUUUUAACAUUUUGUGUUCCUUCUAGUUUCUGCAACUAUUUAUAUAUAUGCUACACUAAGUUUAGUUUACUUGAAUGGAUUUGUUCACCUUGUUUUAACUAUGGGUGUUAAGUUCUUUAUCAAGUGCUAUUAUUUGCUUCAUGAAGUGAAAAUGAGACGUUUUCUUUGUCA